CAGUGUUUUGAUAUUGGAGAGGCUGCACGCAUAUGCGUGAUGAAUCUCUAUUCGAAAGAGAGAGAAAGAGAAUUUGGAAAAGAAAGACAGAAAAGCUCUUUGUCGCUUUCUUUCGAAUAAAGAUCGUCACGCAUGCGCGUGCAACCUUUCCAAUAUCAACUGGAUGUCUAUAUAUGUCGUGCCUUACUUACGUGUUUUAUCGCAUCAUUUUUCAAAGAUAUGCAGAAGAAGAGAACUGUGUACAGAACAAAGUUGCUCAGUUAAGAUUUGUUCCUGGAGUUCCUUUAUCCACUUGCAGAACACAGAGCAAAAUGCUGAAAAGUUUUCGCGGCAAAAAAAUCAACGUCUUGAAGCUUAUGAAAGAUACGAGCGUAAAACAACUGUAGAUAAAUCUACAGUCAAACAUGUAGAUAAAUCUACAGUUAAUAUAGAAGUCGCUAGCUUAGAAUCGCUAGCUGGUAUAAAUGUACCUAUAACACACUGUACUUUAUCUGAUGACUCUAAUUCAGGCAAUACUUUGAAUGUGUUUUCUGCCGAUGUUGCAAGACCUAAUAUUCAUGUUACUCUGGAAGAGGAAGAUAAAGAAAAUAUUGAAGAAAAUACCAAUAAAACUGCAAAACUUUCCAAUUGGUUACGUUCUUGGACACUAAAAUAUAACAUUAGUCACACUGCUUUGUCAGAAUUAUUAAGUAAAUUGCGUACAUAUGGUCACACCGAUAUGCCAAAAAGUGCAAGAACGCUUUUAAAUACACCAAGAAAUAGUAUUAUAAAGGUAUCGGCAGAGAAGCGAAACUUUUUUCAUUACGGUUUGAAAGAGGCAAUAACUGAACAACUGAUACGCACCAAGUUCAUCGUGAUAAAUGAAGUUAUUAUGAUAGACUUAAAUAUUGAUGGAUUGCCAAUAUCCAAGAGCAGUAAAAGUCAAAUUUGGCCAAUAUUGGGCAAAAUUCACGGUGAUAAGAUAUUUAAACCAUUUGUAAUUAGUGCUUAUCAUGGGUACUCAAAACCACCUUCUGUAGAUGCUUUUUUAACACCUUUUUGUCAAGAAUAUGAUUUUCUCAGAAAUGAAGGACUCAUUUUAAAUGGAAAAAGAUACACUGUACAAAUUAGAAGUAUAAUUUGCGAUAGUCCUGCAAGAGCAUUCGUAACUUGCACGAAAUCACACAAUGGAUAUUUUGGAUGCGGAAAAUGUAUGCAAGAAGGCAUCUAUUUAAAUCAUCACAUGUUAUUUUUGGAAUCUACAACGCCUCUUCGAACUGAUGACAAUUGUAAGACUAGAGUACAAGAAGAUCAUCAUACUGGUAUAUCUCCUUUUGAGUCAGUACAGCUGCCAAUGGUUUCAUGUUUUCCUUUGGAUUAUAUGCACUUAGUAUGUCUAGGAGUCAUGAAGAAACUAUUGCUAUUGUGGCUAAGUGGAUAUCAGACAUCCAGAUUAAGUGGACACAAAUUAACAGAGUUGUCGGAAAUAUUAAUUGCAAUGAGGAAAUGGAUACCGAACGAGUUUGCUCGAAAACCACGUUCUUUAGAUGAAUUGACUCAUUGGAAAGCAACAGAACUGCGAGUAUUUUUAUUAUAUCUGGGACCAGUCGUGCUGCUAAAUAUUUUGCCAGAAGAUAAUUUACUACACUUCAAUGCAUUACAUUGUUCAAUGCGGAUAUUAUGUCAUCCAGUGGAUUGCUUUCGUAACAAUCGAUAUAGCAGAGAUCUACUAAUUCAAUUUGUAGAAAUAUUUAAACACUUGUAUGGCAAUGAUACUAUAAUUUAUAAUGUACACAAUUUAAUUCACAUAAAUGAAGACGUACUGAUGUUUGGACCAUUGGAUGAUUUUUCUGCUUUUCCUUUCGAAAACUACAUGCAAUCAAUAAAAAAAAUGCUUAGAAAAGCAGAUAAACCACUACAACAGUUAUAUAAAAGAAUUUCAGAAAAUUAUAAUGAAGUUAUACAAAAUGAUUGUAACAAAUAUAGUAUACCUAUAUUGAAAAAGAAAUGUUUAAAAGUUCUACCAAUGAAUUGUACCAAUGCUUAUCGUAUGAUUCAAUUCAGCGACUUUAUAUUGACAGACAAGAAACCAAAUAACUGUUGUUAUCUGAAAGAUAAAACAAUUGUUGCUAUUGAACAUAUUUGUUACAACGAAAAAGAAACAGCUGUCAUUAUCGGAAGAAAAUUGUUGACAAAAAAUAAUUUCCCAUUCUAUCCUUGCGAGUCACGAAAUAUGGACAUAUAUGUAGUUCAAAAUUUAUCAGACUUGAUGAUGUGGCCAAUUACAGAAAUCAUGAAUAAAGCCGUUCAACUUCCAUUUAAAAACAGAACUUCAUGGUGUUGCAUGCCGUUAUUACAUUCGUCGUUAAAAUAAAAAUACUGCUCAGCUGUUAAUAUUAUGUUACAUAUAAAUGCUAAUUUUAUAUUAAAUAAAUUGAUAACUCAAUAACAUUCCCUUAUAUGUUA